AUGCGCGGAGCCGCGUCAGCACGCCAGAGCCGCUGGGUCAGCACCGCGGAACGCAAGAAAGGAACUCUAGCGCGGUGCAGCCGGGCUCGGGAGCCCGCCCCGGGGAGGCCGGAUUCAGCAUUUGGACAGCGGCUCGGGGGCGGUCUGCGGCCCAACGAGUUUGCAGGUGCACCGCCUACGGCCCGGCGGUGCGGGGAGGGUUGCUCGGACGCAAGCUGGGGCGCGGGCUGGCAGGGCCGGGUCUCAGGGCAGGGCGCCCCUCGCCUCCUGCCUCCGCCUCUCCGUUCCGCACUGGUCCGGGUGAAGCCAGGGGGGGCGGGGGGAGCCGCGCUGACGUCACUGCGGGCCGUGCCCGCCCGAGAAGGCGGCGCUGAGCCGCUCAGAGCCCGGAGAAGCGGCGCGCCGCCAGGAGCCCCCGCGCCACCGCCGCCGCGCCUGCCUCUAGCAGCUCUCGGCCACGCCACCGUGCGGGCAGCGGCUCCUGGAAGGCGGCCGGAGCUGGGCCGGAGCCUGGGGACUCGCCUGAUCCUGGGCGACCGAACCACCGUCACCGCAACCGCCCCACCCCCGCCGUCGCCUCGUGGGGUCCCGGCCCCCUCCCGGUUGCUCCACGGCAGGUCCUCCAGCUUCCUGCACUCCCUACCUAGGCUCUGCGUCUCUUGGCUGGCACCCGCAACGAAGGAGGGCGUGCCACCACCGCCACGGGAGAGGACACGCGCCAGGGUCAGAAGAAGAGAAAAGAGAAAAGAGAGCUUGGAGAUGACUAAGAAGGAGACUGAGGUGCUGGAGAGGAAGGGGGUGCUGGAGUGCUGUUGCAGCCACACCAUAACCUUUCGGCUACCCCAGUGGUGGGAGCUCCUGACUGAAUGCACAUCCAUCCGUCCGUCCAUCCGUCCGCACUCAUUACGCCCUUGUCAGUGUGUAUCUGUGGCCGCCUCUGGAUGGGAAGGAGGAGAAAAUGAAAUGUUGCCUGAAGACAAUGGCCGAGACAGCCCGUCCCACCCUGCGCAGCCUCCAGGGCCUCCUUCUCCAGCCUUGUCUCCUCCGUGCAUCACUCUGCAUUCACUCUGCUGAACCUGAGCCUUCUCUCCUCAGACAUGGUGGAGGUACUCUGCUUUAGAGCAGGCAGCUGGCCAGAGACCAACAGGGAGCUCUGUGAUUGGCCUCCAGUGGCCUUGUGGACAACAGGUGUCUAUUCCUCAGCAAGCACACAAACUCCCUCGGGACAGUUCCUGAUAGGACAGCAGGAUACAUGAUCUCCUCUCCUUUGCUCUCUCACCAGGUCAGAUCUGCCCCCCAUGGGGCACACCCCCCAUCUGAUCUGAGCUCCAGGCUGGCUGAAAACCUGCCCCAGCCUCUCUCUGUGGGGCUGAGCUUCAACUGGAUCUCUCAGAGUCCUUUUCAGAAGCACUGUGGGCCAAGGACUAGGGGCCUGUCCUCAGUCUGACUCACCUCCUCAGGCCUCUGCUUCUUCCUCUAGGGAUGUUAGUGGCUCCUGUUGUCUGGGAGUGUGAUGCUGGAGGUGGGAUGGAGCCAUGUGUUACUAAAGAGAGCUUCUGGCCUCAAGGCAGCAUAAGUCUUCAGCCCCAGGAUUUUGGAAACUAUCCCCUGCCCUGGACAUAUGCAUCUUGACAAUAGUGACUUCCUCUGAGUUUUCUUUUCUCCUUACUGAAAUCUUUCCUUUCAGGGUCCAAGGUGGCCUAGUAAAGAAACAAGGACACAAGAAAAGCAGCCCCGCUCACCUGGAAGUCAGAGGCUCCUCGCCCUGCAGCCCACCGUCCUGUCUAGUGCACUGGGCAAGCCUCUGUCCUCUUCCGGCCUGGAAAAGGAACACUAGAUAUGACCUGUCUGCAGCCACUUAGCCUCUUCAUUUUACACUGGGAAUUCUUAUUUUUUCUGCUUUGUUACCUGAAAGUCACCCUACCUCCUGCUCCCUGAAUUUCAGGCAACUCAGCCUUUUCUCCUUCAAGCUGCCCUGGGACACAGGUAGAUUACUCUACUAAAGCCUACAAAGAAAGAAAGAAAGAAAAAGAAAGAAAGAAAGAAAGAAAGAAAGAAAGAAAGAAAGAAAGAAAGAAAGAAAGAAAGAAAAGAAAAGAAAGAAAAGAAAGGAAGGAAGGAAGGAAGGAAGAAAGAAAACCCAGAAGCUUGUCCCGUUGCUGACCUUCAGCAUUGAACUGGAAAGUGGCCUGUCCUGGAGCAAAGGCCUGGGCCGGAGUAUGUCUUGGCUGGGUGUGCUUCCAGCCCGAGUCGGGUGCUUUGCCUUCUCCUCUGGUUCCAGGUGUUCUCAACAGUGCCCCAGGGGCUUCAGGAAGGUUUGUCAUAUAUUUGGGACCUUCCCUGGGCCAGCGCCCCUUAGACUCCACGAAGGCAGCACUCCUUAACGUCGGGUUUCUCUCCCUGACUUCUCCAGCCAGAUGACUCCACUACAGGUUCAGCUGAAACAAGUGUGGCUGUGAAGUCUAGAGGGCGCGAACCCAAUAUCCGUGUGUGACCAGGGUGACCCUGGGCCAGUGCAUAGCACUGUUUCCCCCUUUCUAAAAUAAGAAACGGGGUGGAGAUAGGCUUCAGUGGUAGAGAGCUUUCCAAGCAUGGUCAAGGCCUUGAGAUGUAUCCCUUAGGCUCAAAAUAUAACAACAACAAUAAUAACCAUACCUUUCACAUAAAGAUACACAAAGACAUAUAAAUAACAUUGAAAAAUACUUUGGAAGAGUAAGUUCCAUCUCUUGUAUCUCCUAAAUCCAGCUGUACUCAGAGACCCCAAAGGCCAUGGUCAUAAAUGAGUCCUUUUCCAGCUCCAGAACUUCCCUGCUGGGGAGAUCCUGACAUAACCUUGGAAGAUCCUCUCUCCUCUCCAUUUCCCCUUCCCAGCCCUCAUAAUACCUGAAUGGGAUCACAGGACACCUGCCUCCCUGAGUGCAAGCUGCUCGUAGACUAUUUCUCUUGUCUUCAGAUGGUCCUGUGAAGGGCAGUGAUAGGACCGGCAGUUCAGCUUUUAUGGAAACAGAGAAGUGGUAACUCCUGCCAGGGUCACAGGACCAAUACAGAGCCUACAGAGCCGAGCUGCUUCAGACACAGAAGAGUGCAGCAGGAAAGGAAAAUGCUGUACAGGGAGCAGUCCUGCCACCAGGGACUCAGCAGGAGCCCUUCUAGAGGGCCUUUGUCAUCAACCUGCUGGCCUAGCAUCUCCUCCAUGCCUGCCCACGGCACACCUUUCAGGACUGUUCUGGGUCUGAUGUGCGGUGGUGGGACACUCUGUCCGGGCACUUGGGAAAUGGAAGCUUCAUGACUGGCAUUUCCACCCCCAAAGAACUAGGCAGCACAUUGGGAAGUUGCCAGAGGCAGGGACUCGAGCCUCCCAGGAGUUAAAGAUGCUUCUCCCCAGCUGUCCUCCCCUUGGUGCUCCUUCCCCCCUCCUCCUGCUCGCAGCAGGCAGGGCCUGGAACCAGGAGCCAUGCUGCUGUGCUGUUACCAGGGGAGCUGGGAGGCAGAUCGGAGCUAUGCGGGGAAAAGGCUCAGCCUGUCAAAGUGUCUCCGAUGAACCACGCCAUCCUGUGCAGCUGGUCUCAGAUGUGUCUGGGCUCUUGUUCUGGGCCUGAGAACGGGGAGCCCAGUGAGGUUCAAGGGCACCCUCGCUAUUCAUUAGUCAGGGGUUCUUGACGUCCUGUCUCUCCCAGGCAUGGGUUCCCCCCUUGCUCUUUCUCUCCCUCCUGUGACACAUUCCUGGGUGCCUGUGGUGAGGACUGCACACCCCCUCCUGCACAGCCUCCUCCACACAAACCCUGAAUCAACUCCUGUUAAGGAGACCGGGCGGGUGGGACAGACAAUGGCUUCAAGAAAGCGUUCAGGCGGGACCCUGGCCACAUUCGACUGCCCUCCGCUCCCAGUGCGCCUAUCGAUCCGACUCCGCUGGGAGGCAGGGCACCCUUGGGCCCCCAGCUUGCACAGGCCUGGACAGGAGCAGGCCACUAGGUGCUGCCCUACACAACAGGCCAGUGCAGUGCUAUUCUCAGUGGGCCCCUUGGUGCCUCUAUCCCACUGGUUAGAUAUUUUUGUGCAGUUUGUUGGAGAGUAGAAACUACAACAUUUUCUGAAAUGUUGCAAUGUCAAGAUGUAAAAGGCACAUAUACUUGGUUACUAAUUUCAUGACUAGAAAUUUCCUCCAGAUACACUGGAAACGUUUGCUAAGAAGCAUGGACAAAGAACUGUGGUUCACUAACGGGUUAUUUAAUACUAUGGGAUACCUACCACACAGCUGUAAAAGUGUGGUAGAUCUUUGCUUGCAGGCUGACUAAUAUACUUAAGUGAGUAGAACAAAUUACAGAACAUUCAAGUAUGUUCUUGUUUGUAUACAUUUAAAAGUCAGUCAUGGAGUCCGAGGUAUGUGAAGCUCAGUGGUAAAAUACAUACGACACACAAGAAACCCAGAGUCAAAUAAAAUCUAUCAGCCAUUAA